UAGCGGAGUAAUUUAUUAACAUUUUCCUAAUUUCCAUAUUUGUUCACUUCGUUUGUUAUGGUAAGCCAACCUAAAAUAAUACAAGAUUUAAGUGAGGAAAAUGUGGAAGAAACUUUUGAGAAUCCUCCUGAAGUUGCUUCUGGGUCAGGAUCGGAAUCAGAUGAUGAAUCUAUUCCUGAAUUGGAAGAUUUAGAAAACGCUAAAACAGAUUCUGGUGUUGGACUUACACCAGCACCUGUUGGAAGUAGUGCAAAAGAUAAUAUUAGUGAAGAUGAUUCCAAAUCUAAGCAAACUAGGGGUGAAAAGAAAGCACGAAAAAUUAUAUCCAAAUUGGGACUUAAACAAAUACAUGGGGUUGGUCGAAUUACUAUUAGGAAAUCCAAAAAUAUUCUUUUCAUCAUAAACAAACCAGAUGUUUAUAAAAGCCCUGCUGGUGAUACAUACAUUGUGUUUGGAGAAACUAAGAUUGAAGAUUUGAGUCAACAAGCUCAAAUGGCAGCAGCUGAAAAGUUUAAAGUACCCCCAUUCUCACAGCCAACCAUCACUAAUCCUAAUGCACAACCCAAUGGUAUGCUAGGAGAUCUUAACCACAUAAAUAAUAAGGAAUCAUCUGAUACUGCCACUGGUUCAGGGUUAUCACAUGACACAAAAACAAAUCAAAACUAUCCUCUCAUUAUAGGGCAAAAGGAUGAGGAACCAUUGGAUGAUACAGGUAUAACUGAUGUAGAUAUUAAUAUUGUCAUGGAACAAGCUAGUGUAUCCCGUAACAAAGCAAUUAAAGCAUUACGAGAAGCUAACAAUGAUAUUAUUAAUGCAAUUAUGACAUUGACACUUUGAUUGGAAAUUUAGAAGAUAAUUUAAUUUUUGCCUUUUAUAUGCUUUUUAUUCAAAAUUUAAUAAAAUUUUCUAUACUUAUAUAUUAUCUUACAUGCACAUACAUCAUUAUAUUUUUACUACCGUUAAUCAUGUACUUAAACU